AUGUCCGGACAAAUUACCGGAGAGAUAUCGUCAAAAAGUGACAGGUUUUUGUCGGCGGUUGUGCCUAUGUCGCCUGGGUCUCCUGCACGAACAAUAAAAGCUGCCACCACCACCAACAAUAUUGAAACUCCACGAAGGAGGAGAAUAGUGGAGUAUGGUGACAGAUAUAUUCCAAUAAGAACCCAUGAUAUCGUAUCAGAUUUUCAAAGGCUAACAGUUCCAAACACUCCACAAGGAAAAAAACGAAAAAUCGCUUCUUUGAUCGAGGAAGAAGCUCAACAAGAAGAAGACGACCGUAUCUACCGAGCGGUCCUAGAAUCAACAAUGUUCCCCUACAAAGACACAAAUGACGACAUCAUUCGUCGAAUAAAUUCUGCGUCUAAUUCCCCCUCGAAAGGGCUACUGACUUACCGAUCGCCGUCAAGAAAACAUCAUCGUAGUAUUGAUACGCCGUAUCGUGAUGCAUAUUCGGUGAGUCCGUUGACGUGGCCAGCUCAACAACUUAUGACUAGUCCGCGGAAACCCCCACGAUAUAUUAGCAAGUUCCCUUAUAAGGUUCUCGACGCUCCUGAACUUCAGGAUGACUUUUAUCUGAAUUUGGUCGAUUGGUCGUCAACGAAUGUUUUAGGUGUUGGUCUUGGAACAUGCGUUAUCAAGCUGUGUGAUUUAGGGGCAAAUCAAAAUGACAACGUGACAUCAGUAAGCUGGAUGCCAACAGGUACUCAUAUUGCUGUUGGGACGAAUAACGGCCCGGUAGAAAUUUGGGAUAUCCAAAAAAACAAAAAAAUACGAAAAAUGACUGGACAUGACCAAAGAGUUGGUGCGUUGGCAUGGAAUGGAUAUGUUGUCAGUACAGGCAGUCGCGAUAGGACUAUAUAUAACAGAGAUGUACGGGUUCCCAAUGACUAUACUGAAGUCUUAACUGCACACAAACAAGAAGUUUGCGGACUAAAAUGGAAUCCUGAAGGAACUCAACUGGCUAGCGGCGGAAACGACAACAGACUUCUAGUUUGGGAACGCACUCAAACUGUUCCUCUUCAUAAAUGGAAACAUCACACGGCUGCAGUGAAAGCAAUCGCUUGGAGUCCUCAUUCACAUGGGAUUUUGUCUAGCGGUGGAGGAUCGCAAGAUAAACAUAUCAGAUUUUGGAAUACUAUUACGGGUGAAGCGCUGGAUAGCCAUGAUACUGAGUCUCAGGUGUGUAAUCUUGCUUGGUCAAAACACGCAAACGAACUUGUCUCCACUCAUGGCUACUCUCAAAACCAAAUCAUUCUUUGGUCAUACCCUUCAAUGGAACAACUGGCUGUGCUAAAAGGCCACACUCUUCGCGUACUAUAUCUCUCUGUAUCACCCGAUGGUCAAAACAUUGUUACGGGUGCUGGGGACGAAACUCUUCGAUUCUGGAAUGUAUUUAAUAAUGGAAAGAAAGAAAAGAAACGUGAAUCAAAAUUUGACAUUCGUACACAGAUCCGCUGA